AUGGCAUCCAUGAAUUACAGCAACAUCACAACAACUAGACGCAGUACUAGAAGAGCCCAACUACGUGGUGCUACUAGACAAUCAUUAUCAUCAAAAAACCAAUACAAAAAUAAUGUAAAGCAAAACCUAAGAGAACAGGAACUCCAAUUCCUGCAACAACAAUUGCUCGAAUAUAAGUUGCAGCAGCAACAACAACAAGAAUUCGAGCGACAAAAAUUACUUAUUCAACAAAAGAAAUCUCAGGAAGAUUACUUACUGCAAUUGAAAGUGAAGAAAAUUCAACAAGAUUACUUUCUGCAACAAGAAUUACAGAAGCAGCUUCAAAAACAACAACUGUACACAAAAUUUCCUGCUGGUGAUCCUUACAGUACAUAUGAACGGAAAGAAUGGGAAGAUAAAGAACAAACGAGGAUUAUUUCAGAUGAACAGUUUGCAGAAGAUUUGCGCUUUAUAUUAGACUCAGGGAUGUUUGAUCAAGAAGACAAAGAACUUGAAGAACAAACUCGCAUUCUUGAUCAAGAAGAGCGGAACAUUUAUGCAAAAUUGACUUCCUUCUUGUAUUCAUCAAGAAAAAAUCCUGAGACAAAUAAAUCAUCAACAUCAUCAUCAAUCAGUUCUAGUUAUUGUGAACCGCUGUUUAUGAAAUUAGGGUUUGAAUCUUUCUUCGAGAAACAAGUUUUGGAUUUUACAUCUUGCCCAAUCAAUCAAAAAAGAAAUGUCAGAAGAGUUGAUGAACCCAGAGUUGCAAGAUCAAGAUUUUAUUAG